AUGCAGACCACCGGGCCCGCAUCGCCGGAUAAGCCGCCGGCUGUUGAGCUGGAGGCCAAGGACAGGGGUGGAGGAGGGGCGCAGGUGAAGGAGGAGGACGAGGCGGCGGCGAAGGUGGGCGGCGAGGAUGAGGAGGAGGAGGAGGGGAGGGGGAGCAGGAGGGAGGGUAGGCAAGCGGCAGCAGCGGCGCGGGCGAGGCGGUGCAGCGGGGACAGCGCCGUGGCCAUGGUGAAGCGGGACCUGCUCGUGCGCUGCUUGACGUGCCCGCUCUGCGACCACCUGCUCCGCAAGGCCACCACCAUCUCCGAGUGCCUGCACACAUUUUGUAGAAAGUGUAUUUAUAACAAGCUCAAUGAUGAGGAUCUUGACCACUGUCCAGUAUGUAACAUUGAUCUGGGCUGCACUCCAGUCGACAAGCUUAGAGCUGAUCACAAUAUACAAGAUGUGAGGUCAAAAGUUUUUCCAUUCAAAAGGAAGAAGGUUAACGCUGAAGAAGCCGAAUCUCCCAUUACGCUACCUGUUAAAGUUAAAGAGAGGUCUAUCUCAUCAUUGGUGGUCAAUACACCUAGGGUAGCCCCAGCAGCUUCGACAAGGAGGCGAACAAGAGCGGUUACCAGGAAGGCUGCUGCAUUACGUGGCCUUGGUCCUAUCAUUGUGGAUCCUUUAAAAAAGGAUAAUGAUAACUCGAAUAAGCAAACUGAUAAUUCAAGCUUGCUAGAUAGCUUGAGCAAAAUACCUCAAACAAGAAGACAGUUAUUGUCGAAUGGGGACACAUCAAGUCAUCCCUCUGUUAAAGAUAAAGCAGGUGAUAAUAAGGACUUGGAUAAGUCUGAGCUCUGGAAACCUUUGAAUUGUCUUGUAGAGGCUGCAGGCAAAACAAAGACCCCGACAAGUGCACAAAGUCCAGCUUUGAAGGGAAAUAAGCCCAGAGAAUCUCCCAGUAGCGAACAUUCUAGCAGAACAGAGGCUAGGGAGCCUCUUCAGAAGUCCAAAGCUGAAGAUGACAAAAGCGACGAUCCUGAGCCAAUAGUGCUGCUUAGAAAGAGAGGGCGGCCUGCCCGGAAGAGGAAAGACCCCCUACCUGAAACAAAUGCAGCUUCCACUGCUACAGCUAUCCAGGCCAGGAAGGCAUUGAGCCCAAUAUGGUUUUCAUUGAUUGCCUCGUUUGAUCAGAAAGGCAACCCUCCUUUGCCUCAGAUACCUGCCCACUAUUUGAGAAUAAAGUGA